AAAGCUCUUCGCCGAUUCCUCACUCGGUUUACUUGACCAGCAGUCGUCGCACUUGAAUACCACACCAUGCGCGCUCCAGAGUGGAUGAGCAAUGAAGUGGCGCGCCUCACAUCAAGGCUCGAGCGCUACAAGCCAACGGGCAGUGGAUACAACCGCAUCCAGUCGAUUCGACUGUCCAAAAGCGUCACCCAAAUGCUGAACAAUCCAAUGCCUUCGGCACCAGCCGCUGCCACCGCCAGAUCGCAGCCAGAAAGCACCUUCACAACGCCGCGACGGCGCGGUGUCCUCAGUCGCACUCAAUCGGAGUGGGAGGAGGUGUAUCCUGUCGUCAAGUUCAAUCGCCAAGGGAGCAGCGAGAGCGACAUGAGUGAGGAUAACGAGCUGCGGUUCACCCACUAUAGAAACUGUGCCACGCGUAUUCCCUGAGUGGAUAUACCAUCUUUAAUCUUUUUUGAUAAUCUCUAAAUUUGUAUAAGAAUUAAGUGAAAACAAUAAAACGACAAAUACUCCAAAAUCAA